CACCGUUUAAUGAAAACAGACGUUUCGCAAGCAAACGAAAUUGUAUUGAAAUUCGUGAAUAUGUUUAAAACCCGACUGUCACAUCUCCCCGGCGUCGUCGUUGACUCGCCUGUAAAUAUACCCUUAAGAUUCUCCGGCUCGGAAAAGAAGAAAGAAGACAAGCAAAUAGCAGAGCCGUCGGCGUUAAAACCACUUACAAUCCCCUGUUUCAGAUACAUAGAAAGCAGAGGAACGAGAAGAGCACAGUAGAAGCAGAAGGAAGAAAUGGAGCAGAUCGAGCACAAGUUCGUGGAAGUCGACGGAGGAUUGAAGCUCCACGUAGCUGACAUCGGAGGUGCAAGCGACAAAGUUCUUCUCUUUCUCCACGGGUUCCCGGAGAUAUGGUACUCAUGGCGCCACCAGAUGAUUUCCCUCUCCAAAUCCGGUUACCGAGCUAUCGCCGUCGACUACAGAGGCUACGGGAUGUCCGAUCCCCCGCCGAGGACUGAAGAUGCCACGUUUGCCAACAUCGUCGCCGACCUCGUCGCCAUCCUCGAUUCCCUCAAUGUUCCCAAGGUGGUGCUCGUAGGGAAAGACUUCGGAGUUUAUGUGGCUUCAUGGUUCAACGUUCUCCACCCGGAAAGGGUGUUGGGCUUCGUGACCAUGGGAACUCCGUUCCGCGUCCCGGGAAACCAAGCAUCCGUCAUCUCAUCGCUCCCGGAAGGUUUCUAUGUCUCGCGGUGGCGGGAACCAGGGAGAGCCGAAGCCGAAUUCGGGCGGCUAGAUGCGAAAACGGUGGUGAGGAAUGUGUACAUACUAUUCUCCGGCAGUGAACUGCCCAUCGCGGCUGAGAAUCGAGAGAUCAUGGAUUUGGUCGACCCAUCAGCUCCUCUCCCGCCAUGGUUCACCGAGGAAGAUCUCGAAGCUUAUGGAGCUUUGUACCAGAAAUCAGGGUUCCAAACUGCCCUCAAGAUACCCUACAGAUCGCUUGACGAGCAACUGGAAGUACCGGUGCCUGCAGGGGUGAAACUUAACGUUCCAGCGUUACUCAUCGUGGGAGGAAAAGAUUAUACCCUGAAGAUGCCGGGGAUCGAGUACUACAUCAACAAUAUGGCGAAGGAAAUCGUUCCGGAUUUGAAGACGGUGCAUUUGGCUGAAGGGAGUCAUUUCGUUCAGGAGCAACUCCCUGAAGAAGUGAACCAGCUGAUACUCGAUUUCCUUAAAGCUCGAAUCUGGCCAUGAAAGGUCGAUGUUUCGUGCAAUGUACUGGCUAGUGCUCGUCAGCAAAUGCUUCUUUUUUGCUGGGUAUAAACAGCUGUUCUGUUGCCAUGUUCGGCUCUGAAAUGGAAUUCCUUCCCAUAUGGUGCUUUGUUGGUGUACUGUAAACCCGUUUUCCUCUAUUGCUGGUUUUGCCUAAUGGUGCAAUUUGUAAGCCUAAAAUAACGAUGAAUUUACCUAUCCAGCCGAUAUCUUAAACUAAACAUUCCGAACUGAA